UGAUUUUUUCAUUUUAUUGUAUUAAUGUGUACAUUAAGCCUUUUUGUACUAAUAUAUAACACAAUCUUUGUGUAAUUAUGAACAGUUAAUAUUUUACAAGCAGGGAAAUUUAGUUCCAUCUGCAUAAGUUGGCAAACUUGAGAACCAGACAGUUCUAUCUGCAUCAGCUGGGAAUAGUAUUGUUUCACUGCUGGUAAGGUUAUGUUGUCGUGUUAAUGUGUUAAAAGUAAUUUCAUUGUGUGUUUGUAAACAUAUUAAAAUGGAUGGUGAUAUCAUAAAUAAAUGGAUUGAUGACAGUUUAAAUGAUAGUUUGUCAAUAGAAAACAUCAAUAGUGAUGAUGAAUAUAUACCUUCACCUGACGACAGUAACAGCGAAGAGGAUUGUAUUCUUUCACCAAACCCAAAACGACGAAGACUUUGUAAAAGGUUGUUUGAUGCAGACGACACGGAUAAAACUUCCAGUGAAGCCCAAACGAACAAUACCGAUCCAGCUCUGGAAAAUGAAGGAAGCUAUAGUUCUGUUUGUGAUGUUAGCCCAACAGUGAACCAAAAGUGGAAAAAAUAA